AUGUCCAAACGUUCAGAUCCGGAGCACCCUGAAUUGACGCAUCCCAGUACAAAACGAGCGAAGCAGGUAGACCAGGAUACCCCGUACAAAGCUCUACAGGAGCAACUUGACACGCAGGCGCCUGAGAAGGAGAUCUCCAAGGUCGCGCAUUGGUUCCGAAGAGAUCUGAGAAUCCAAGAUAACAUCUCAUUGCACGCUGCCGCAGAACGGGCGAGGGGAGCAAAAAGGCCGUUGAUUUGCUUCUAUCUGAAUUGCCCGGAAUGGAUCGAGUGGCAUGGCCUUAGUCCAGCCAGACUCGAUUUCAUGAAUGAGACGCUUGUAGGCGUACAAGCUGAACUCAAGGGAUUGAAUAUACCCUUGGUCUACAUCACGGCAGACAAAAGACAUGAAAUUGUUCCCGUCAUCCUCAAAUUCCUCAAGGAUAACAGCGUGUCCCAUCUCUUUGCUAAUUUCGAGUACGAGGUUGAUGAGCUUAGACGUGACGCCAAACUUCUCAAAACGGCAGAUGAUAGCUUUCAUGUCUCGUUCUACCAUGAUCAGUGCGUCAUGGAGCCUGGGAAGAUGACCACAUCAAGCGGAGGGCCAAUGAAAGUCUUCACUCCUUACCAUAAGGCAUGGCUUGCAGAGGUUAAGAGAAAUCCGGGACUUCUCAAUACUGUGCCAGCACCAUCCGCGGUAGAUUCCUCCACUUCGAAGAAGGUCUUUGCACUCUUCGACAGUAAAUUACCGGACAUACCCAAAGGGAAACAGUUCAGGUCUGAGGAAGAGCGGAAGAGGGUCCGAAAGCUUUGGCCUGCCGGUCACGAAGCUGGAAUGAGACGUAUGGAUAAUUUUCUGAAUGACAGAAUCGAGGAUUAUCUCGCCACCCGGAGCCAGCCCGCUGCUGACUCGACCUCACGCAUGAGUCCUUACUUUGCUGCUGGCGUUGUCAGUGUUCGUGAAGCUCUAUCCAAGGUGAAGGAGUAUAACAGGGGUAGCAGUGACUUCAGCCAAUCCAGCUGCCGCCCGGGCGUGUAUUCCUGGGUUCGUGAAAUCGUCUUUCGAGAGCUAUAUCGUCAGACCACGGUCACAACCCCACAUACGUCGAUGAAUCUACCACAGAAUCUGAAAUUCGAAUUUGUGCAAUGGGAGGACGAUGAAGAAGGAUUCAAGAAAUGGUAUGAGGGAAAGACUGGCGUGCCUUUUAUUGACGCAGGUAUGCGACAGCUGAACCAUGAGGCAUACAUGCACAACCGUUUGCGAAUGAACGUUUCUUCAUACUUGUACUGCAAUCUACUGAUUGACUAUCGACGCGGCGAAAGGUACUUUGCCGAGACGUUGGUUGACUGGGAUCUCAAUAAUAACACCCAGGGUUGGGAGCCAUCGUAUACCGUCUUCAACCCUGUUUCGCAAGCCGAAAAGAACGAUCCGAAUGGAGACUAUAUCCGGAAGUGGGUGCCAGAACUGAGAGGUGUUAAGGGCAAGGCCAUUUUUUCGCCACAUGAUCGAUUGUCCAAAGAAGAGUUCAAGAGGCUGGGUUACCCUGCGCCGCAUGUAGACUGGAAAGAGACGAAAGCAAGGGCAAUAGAGAGAUUCAAGAAUGAUAUGAAGGAAGCUGUUCCAUAA